UCAGAAGAUUUUUAAAAUGCAACGCUUAUCAACAAGAAGAUUGGGGUCUAUGGCAUCUUCAGUGGCUACUCUGUUAAACUGUGGCACUUCUUCAAUGCAUAAUUUCCCUUUUAGCAGCUUCACUCAGCAAACAAAUCUGCAGCAAUUGCAGAAAUUGGUGAUUCCAGGUGAUUUCCUGAAGUGGGGAUCACUUGGUUUCUGUAGAAAUUCAAGAUUUGCUACUGGGUUUACGCCUCUUCAAGCCAAACCGCUGGACUCAAUCAUGGACAUUGAGAGGGCCAAGAACCGGUCACCUGAGGAUCUCAUUUCAAUAUGGGAUGAUUACCACUUGGGGAGAGGUCAUAUUGGUACAGCCAUGAAAGCAAAAUUGUAUCAUUUGUUGGAGCAAAGAGCAAUUCCUUGCCGGCAUUUUGUCAUUCCUCUGUGGAAAGGAAGUGGUUUUACAACUAUGUUUGUUCAAGUGCAGUUGCCCCACAUACUUUUCACUGGCCUUGAGGAUUACAAGGCAAGAGGAACUCAAGCAGCUCCCUACUUCACAGUGACUCAUUACACUGAAUUUGCAGACAGCAAAGAUUUGGUGCUUAUGCAUGGGGAUGUGGUGUUCACCAGCAAGCUCAGUGAUUCAGAAGCAAAGUGGCUUUUGGAGACCACACAAUCUUUCUAUCUAAAUGAUGUUAGGUACAAACUGGUUGAAAGGUUCAACAGAGAGACUCAUGAAUUUGAGUUUAACGAUGUGCUACGAGCAUUGGAGAUGCCCCUCGUGUGACAUCAAGUGAGCUUCAUUGAUCAAUUCUUUGCACCAGUAAAUCUUUGGGAUGAAAUUUUGUCCACACAUAAGGUAUUUGCACAUGACUUAUGUAUUAACUAAACCUGAGAUUGAAACUUUGGCAAUUGUGAAUUGACAGCAUAAUGAUCAUAUGAGGUAUCAAGUUUAUACUGA